ACGACGUCACCUAUAUCUCAUUUGCAUAUUCAUUAUUGUGCUCGCCAUAUUGGUAGCACUGAGAUAGGGCUGAAAGCCAUUUAUAAUCUGUAAAUAUCUUAGCCAUCGGUUUAUGUGUAAUUGAUUUUCAAGUCUCAUUUUGUUGGACAUUUUUUUACCCACGAGAACGGGCCUGCAUACUUGCGGUUCGUUCAGAGGGUCUAUGAUAAAACCUUCAAUGUUUGUGCUCCGGCAAAAUGUCCACCAUUUCGGGGAUUGGCAGUAAAGGGGAGAAGAAUAAAAGUAAAUACAAGGGCAUUGACAUCAACACUCUAUAUAAGGGGAAAAGUGUCGAGACUCAGAAGUCAACUGUUCCUCGACAACAUGGUCUUCAAAGCUUGGGCAAAGUGUCCAGCUUGCGGCGCAUGCCGCCCCCGGCAAACCUACCUAGCUUAAAGAGUGAGAACAGCGGAAACGACCCCAGUAUCAGCCUUGUCCCGAGUGGGGGUUCGGGAUGGGUGUCGAAGGAAGAGAAGAAAGAGGGCAGUGGAAGUGGUGCUCAGCCGCCAUUGUCGCAGCCGCUGCAGGCCACGCCCACGCAGCAGCAGCAAGUUCCAGCACAGCAAGUUGCUACCAAGACCAACAUCCCAUCUGGGGGGCCAAGCAGUUCGGGUGUACGGUCAUGGAGCAAUGUGACUGGGGGUAUUCAACAAGGGGGAUUAGUAAGUCAUCAGUCACCAUUAUUUCAAGAGGAAUUUCCAAGUUUAGCACAAGAAGAAAAAAACAAAGAAACAGUACAACCUAUCAGAAAAGAAGAAGAUUUGAAGGAUACUCAAUAUGGACCAGGGCCAAGCUUGCGACCACAGAAUGUUGCAAGCUGGCGCGAGGGCGGCGGGCGUGCAGUGCCACAACCCAAACCAGAAGAGACCAUUCAGAAUACACCAAAUUCAAGUCUGACAGAAACACAGUCCAAUGGCCCCCAGAUGUCCGGUGGAAAUGGCAGUGGGGCUGGGGCUGAUAUGCCUUCACAGGCAUUGCCACCCAGACCUGCUUCAGGUCUUGGACCUCCACAUGGAACCAUGCCUAUGGGUCCUCCAAUGGGAAUGCCUCCCCCACAAUAUAGAGGCAUUAUGUCAGCAUAUAUGUAUGGUAGAAUGCCACCAGGAACAUAUCCUGCAAACUAUCCUGGAUUCCCUCGACCUCCAUAUCCACAUGAUCCAAGGUUCAGGGGCCCACCACCCUCAGUUUCUCAUGGUAGGCAUUUGGGAGAAAAUGAAGAAGGACAAAAACGACCAGCUAUCGUAUCUGACAAAGCACUUAAAGACUUUGAAGACAUUCUCAAAUCUGAAUCAAAUGACGGGGGGUGGGCUGGACCCCAAGGAGAAAUAGAUUACAGUGAGAAACUGGUCUUCAGUGAUGAAGAUGAUGACUCUCAAAGUCCAAGAGAUAGAUCCUUAAUGGAUGGAAAGCACAGACAAAAGAAAGAAUUGGAAAUGCACCAGAGGGACAUGGACUCCGAUAAGGAUAGGAAAGAUGACUCUGAUAAGAAUGAUCUUGGUCCAUCAAUGGUUCGUGAGGCUUGGCCCCAUGGGCCCCCACCACCUCAUUACAGAGGACCACCUAGACCGCCACACCCUGGAAUGGAUGCACGAGGAUGGCCACCUCAUAUGCAUCCAUAUGACUUUUUAGGUCCUAGGGGUGGUCCACCCUAUGGUUUCCGAAUGCCACCCCCACAAAUGCGUCCAUAUGGCCCACCGCCACCACCUCCUGUAUCAAGUCCUAGUACUAUGCCACCACGAAAAGCAGGUGAUGAUGAUGAUGAGCUGUGGAGAAGUAGAAGAAGAGCUAAUGAGGGAGAAAUCAACACAGCUGUUGAAAGAGCAAGGCUUAGAAGAGAAGAAAAUGAAAAAAAGAAAGAAACUGAGCAGAGGGCAGCUGCUGCUGAAAAGCUGAGGCAGCUAGAUGCCAGAACCAAGAAAAAGGAUGAUGGUAAAGAAAGUGAAAAUGAAGGCAGAGACAGUCGAACUGCUAGCGAGUCAAGUGAUAAGGACCCACGAGAGUCUCGUUUCAGAGAUAGGCCUGCCAAUAUUACUCCUCCUGCUCAGAAUGAACAGACUUCCAGUUCAAAAAAUUAUGGACGAACUGUCCCACCAAGAUUUCAAAAACAACAAGAUCCUGCUCUGGCACAGAAUCAACGGCAGCAGCAGCCUCCAAGUCCAGGUAGUGGGGGAUCAAGUGGACAUCCUUCAGGACCACCUAUGACUCAGGUUUUCAGAUCUGGUCAAGGACCACCUCCUCACUGGGGUUAUGAUCCAAGAUGGCCUGGAAUGCCAUUCAUGGAUCCAAGAUAUGGACCUCGCCCACCACUAGACAUGCAAGGAAUGCCUAUUUAUGGGCCACCACUAGCACGACGACGUAAUGACAGUCAUGGUUCUGGCAAUGAAGGACAAGAUUGUGACACAAGACAUGCAGAACAGUAUGAUAGGCCAGAUCCACGAGAUCCAAGGACUGCAUGGCUAGACAGAUACCCUUCAGCUCAUCAAGCCCAUUUUGAAGAGAUGAGACGCCACCCAUAUUAUGAUCAAAGAAUGUACUCCUUUGAAUAUGACAGAAGGGACUUUGACCGCCAGCACAGAGAUGAAGAAAGUCAUCAAUCUGAGGGCAGUGAUGCAUCAAAAGAUGAGCCACGGCCAACGUUACUGCAAAGAGAUUCAUUUGAAGAGCGUAACAAACCCUCUGAUAAAGAUGAGAAAUCUAUCAAACCAGAAUGGGAUUCAAGCCGAUCCUAUCCAAAGGAAUUAAACAAACAAGAUGGGGGUGAUCAGUAUGAUGAAGAUGAUUUUGACAAAACUGAUAAAGAUUGUUUGCUUGAACGAGAGGAACCAGAAGAGAAUUAUACUCGUGGCUAUAGGCAGUCUAGACCAACACCUAAAUUUAGAGCAUAUUCUUCUGAGGAAUUAAAGCAAAGAGAAGCAUCACAACGACAUGAACCACCAUUACCUAUACCCUCUGACCAAAAUAAACAAGGAGUUCCUGCCAAAAGUACACUUACAUCACUUAAGCGCAGUGCAUCAAAUAUGUCAAGCAGCUCUGCUGCAUCAUCAGAUAAGGACAGAGAAAGAAAGAGUGAUUCACCAAAAGAAAGUCUUGUGUUUGAAAGAACUCAAGUUAACAGAGAAAAAGUUAAGGAUACAACUAAGGAAUCUAAAUCUCAGAGUAAGGAAAAUAAACCACCUGAUCAACCUCGACCCAAUGCCUGGGAAAUAAAAGAGCAAGACAGAAAAGCUAAAGAACAAGAGAAGACAGAAGAACCUUCAUUUUCUAAAGAAGUGGUAGAUGACAGGGUUAAGGAGUACGAAGAUAGAGUUGAUAGUCCAUUUAAUAACAGACCACCCUUGAAGAAAAAACGCGAGGAUGAUCAAGAGCGCGACAGACGAGAUAGACACCCCGAUGAUAGAGAUAGGAGAGACAGGGCUGACAGGGAUCAUGAUCGCUACAGCGACAAGGCUGAUAGACCUAGAAAUACACCUAGUAGAGGUCGAGAGUUUGUUAGAGGAAGAGGAAUGUCUUCUCGUGGAAGAGGAAGAAGUUCUGUUCGUGGGGGAUAUGGUACUCGUGGGCGUGGCAGAGACUACUACUCAGGCAGUUAUGAAAGAAAUCCUGGUCAAGGAUCCCGGCGUUCAGAUCGGCAGUCAUUGAUGAAAUCAUUUCAUAAAUCUGAUGAUAGUGAGGGAAAUGAUAGGGAAGAGUAUGGGAAAAAUUCUCAUCGUAAGCUUGGACCUGGGGAUGAUUUAAGUGAUGUUUCUGCCGAUGAAGGUAGCACUUAUGACAAUAGUCUACAUGAUCGAAUAGAAAAAGACAAAGAGAAUGGUAAAGAUCUAGAUCGGAGAGAUUCAAAAGACAGUCGUCAACAGUCCCAGAGAAAUUCAGAAGAUUCACGCCAGGAUAAUAGACAAAUAGGGCAAAGAAAUUCUGAAGAUUGUCGUUUGCAUGGGCGAGGUUCUGAAGAAACUCAUCAGGCUCAAAAAGGGAAUGAAGAUGUUAGGCAGCAAGGCCAAAGGGUUUCAGAAGACAAUCGUCAACAGGGUCAGAGGGACAAUCAGCAGGGACAAAGAGCAGAAUCUGCUAGAGAGGUCAAACAAAGGGAUAACCGUGACCAGAAAAAUCCUUGGCAUCAGGAGUCUAAGGCACAAGGCCCACCACAACCAACUAAUGUUUGGAAUAAACCUCAACCUCUGCUUCCUGAUCCUCCAAAAUCUGAUUGGUCUACAGAUCCUAGUCUUAAAGAGAAAGAUGAGAAGUCAUUAAAGCUUGAAUCCUGGCAGCGGCAAGACUCGCGCGAAUCAGGCCAAGAGAAAAAUGGGGAUAACCACAUUUCUGGUCAGUCUGAUGGUCGGGAAAAGCAGCGUCAUGAUGGUUCGAACAGACGUGAUGAUAGAGAUAGACGUAGACAGGAUAAUCGUGAUGGUGGAGGCAGGCGUGGUGAUAGAACACGGGGAGAGGAUGGAUUGCGUGGUGAUGGAAUUGAUGGUGAACACAAAGAGAAAAAUGACAGGCGAGAUAGAGACCGUGAUAGAGAUGGCAGAUACAGAGAAAAAAGGGUUGAUCGUGAAUAUAUGGACAGUCGACAAGAUGAACAAAAUGGUGUUUUUGUUCCAAGAGGAGAACCGUCUAGACGAGGAAGAGGAGGUUCCCGCGGUGGUCGAGGCAAUCGGUUCACUUCCGCUCCAAGUCGAGGGAAUGGGCAAGGCUAUGGUGGUAGAGGAGCUAAUGGGGAUCAAAAUAUAAAUGGACCUAAUGGACGUCAAGGCGCCAGAUCUCAAAAUGUAGACAGGAGUGGUGAGGGGAGAGAUACUCGAAUGGAUGGAGGGAACUAUAGAGAUGGGCGCAGACAAGAUAGUCGGAACCCACCUCCACCUAGAUUUAGAAGAGGUGGUGGAAUGGCUGAAGGUAGAGGUAGAGGAUCAGAAAGAGGAAGUGGUGGAAGGGGUAGAUCAUCAAGAGGAAGGGGUGCCAGUGCACCAGCUAACCUUGCAACCAAGAAGCCUGUACUAACCAAGCAAGCAUCUAAUGAAGGAGAGGAAUGGGAAACAGCAUCUGAAAGCAGUGAGCCAAAAAACGAUUUGCGAGAGUCCCGGGAAAACAAGAAAGAGAUCUCUACCACUAAGAAGAGCAUCUCUAACCAGCGGCCGUUCAGUGACCGGCAAAAUAACCGGCGCAUGAACAACCAGGACUCUCGCAAUAGUGUUGAGCGCCGCAAUCCCCAAAAUAAAGACAACAAACAGAACCAAAAAAACGGGGCAGUGCCGCCGACAAAAUCGGCGGCAAAUGGGACAACCCCUAAAAGUAAACAAGGUUUGUCAAACACAAUGAACCAUAAAGAAAAUGUUGUGUUCAGAGUGGAUGGAGUAACACCAACUGACCCAAAUGCUAUCAACAACGCUAUCAACAACAUGCAUGCUAAGAAACACAUUGGUAAAAAAGCUGAAAUUAAUGAUGUCUCAAAAACAUUAAGGGCUGAGAAAGACAAAAAGGAUGCGUUAGCAAACAUUGACAUUAAUAACAUUGCAGGUGUGGUUGUUGUGGAUGACCUACAAGAGGUUACUACUGAUGACCCUAAUUUCUUAUUUGAAAGCAAUGAUGGAUUCCAGGAAGUUACUUCUAAGAGGACUCUCAAAAUAAAACAAAAAUUAAUAGAAGCUGAGCAGAAAAAAUCUGAAAAAGAAGCUAUGAAGAAAAAGGAUCAUCAAAAUAAGGUUGUUGCACGCCCCAAGGGUCUAAGUCCUAAAACUGGCAGGGCCACUAUUAAAGGUAGUAAACUGCCUCCACGCCUUGCAAAGCAGAAAGAGCAGAGAGAAAAAGAAAAAGAAAUGACCAAAAAUGUCAUGCCUAAAAUAGAACUCUGGGAUAAUGAACUAGCUAACAACAUCCCUUCUCUUAUGGCUGGCAUAGAUUUAAGCCCUGCUGGUGGAUCCAACUCUCUAGCCAUUGCAUCUUCUAGUAACACAACUCUAGAUGAUAAUGGAGAUAUAGCACUUCCUGUGAGCAGUAGCAUAAUAGUAACAAACAAGAACAAUUUAGGAUCUAUGAUGGCAUCUAUAUCCUCUUUGACACCAGCACCAGCACCUGCCAUUAGUGCUUGGUCAAAGCCAAUAAACUUUUCAGCAUCUGUGGGGUCCGUAGGCUCACAGAACCAGCAAGUGUCCACAGCUCAUUCUGUUUCGGUGCAACAUGCGGUUAUUCCUGCAGAUCCGAAAUUGGACAAAGGCGAUCAACAUGACAGUGGGAUAGAUGUAAGUGACCAGCCAAACUCUGCAGCAUCUUCUACUCGGAGUUCUCCCAGCGCUGAUAACAAGCUCAUCACCUCCUCUACCGUCCCACAUUCUCAGAGCGUUGAUCCCUCCACAGCCCCAGUGCUCAAGAAAAAUGACAUGGAUGUUCCAAGAGUCAUUGAGCUACCAAAAAGUCAAAGACAACCUAAGGCAAUGAAACCUGAAAAAACUGUUAAGGCUGAAGCCAGCAUUAAGGUGAUUAAAACCGAAACUGCUCAAAAUCAGAAAGAUCUUUCAAGCUCCAAACCUGAACCUAUUCAGAUGCCACCUAGUUUUAAAGAUCCUAUUUUUGGGAAGAGUGACGAUUCUAGUCUUCAACUUGAUUUCCAUUAUGAUGAGAAUCUUGCCAGUGGUUUAGUUAGUUUACCUGAGAAGUCUAACCCUGCUGAAAAGGAAGCAUCCCAUAAAGAUAAAAUUAAUCUGUCAGCUCCUGUUUCUAGCAAUCAGACUAUAUUAUCACCAACUUCACCUGCCACUGAAGAUUUGAGUUCAAAAAUAGCAUCUGUGAAGAAUUUUUGGGAUUCACCUUAUGAACACAAAGCUAGCCUGGCUUCAAGUAAUGCAACUGUGUCCACUGAUAGCAUACUGACAAACAUUGGAGGAAGUAAUACUAAUACUAACAAUGUCAAUAAUGCUGCAACUUCAAGUAAUUCAGUUUUCUCUAACUUUGGACAUGAAGUAGGAAGUAACAGUGGUGUUAGUGUCAGUGUAAUUACAAGUGAUUCUCAGCCUCCAUCUCUACUUGAAGAUAAUGUGAAUGUUGGCACAUCAAAUGCUGUGGUCACUGUGACAUCAGCACCUCGUCAUUCUCCUGUUGUUAUUCAACAUCUUCACUCACCACAUCCUUCUGAAUCUGUGAUGAAAAAUGAUGACAUAACACAACCUGGCAUGAUUAUAAGCCAUGAAAAAAGUGUUAAUAUUGAACCUACAAACGUUUGCAAGGUGCGUCCUCAGCAGCUUCAGAUGGGCUUAGGAAAUGAUCCCAUGCAGAUGUCGGUCCUUUCCUCCAGUAUCACAGCUGCAAUCCCAACUGUUGCUAGUCCUCCAAUGCUUCUGACAGGUUAUCCAACUUUUCAACUGAGUUCCCAGUUUGUUGCCCCUGAACAAAGGUACCAUCAACCAAGCUUUGGCUUCAGCUUGUCUCAAGCACAGCCUGCAGCAUCAUUAGGGCCACAACCUCAAGCUCCUGGCCCUAUGGGUAGUCAGCAACAAUACAACCAACCAAAUUUGUAUGUGCCAUCUACCCCAACACAGCCUGAAUUUUUGCCUCCUUCACAGCUCAGUUAUACACGGAAUCAUGGCUUUGGCCAGGGAGCAGCCACUGCUCCACCACCACCUUCACAGCAAAGCACUAUAAUGGUGUCUUCGUCCACAUCAGCUUUGAUGUCUACCAACAUCAAAGCUGCUAGUGCUUCUCAUGCACCAUCAUCUUCUUCACUUUUUGGUGGAGAUUUUCAGUAUGCUGAACCUUUAGGUAAAGCAAUGAAUCAAAGCCAAAUUUCAUACGGAGCUAAUCUGGGUAGUUCAUCUCUGACAGGAGGUCCUUCCCAGCCUCUUUUUUUCUAUGAUCCAAAUCCAUCAUUGGGACAGCUGUUUCAACCAAGCCAAAAUUUGAGUAAUUCUCAGUUGAUUGGAUCACAAAUAGUUCAGGCGAGGACACAAGUGCAACCAGCAUCUUCAUAUUUUCAACAAGCUCCAGCUGCCAGCUUUUAUCCAACACAACAACCUAGCUCAGCUAUUCAAGUUGGGGGACCAAUACAGCAGCCUGCAGCAGCCCACCAGUUUUCAAUGCAAGCAUUUGGUACACAACAUAGCCUAGGUCUUGCUUUACAACCAUCAUCUUUAGACCAGGGCCCAGUUGGACCAGCUGCUUUGAAUCUUCAUCAGUCUCUGAGUCAUGGAAUAUCUCAGCAGGCUCAACAACAUCCUUUAAGUGGGAACAAUAAAGGAUCUCCUUUUGGAAGCAUAAUUGCUGCACACCCAGGUCAGCAGCCGACACAUCAACCAAUUAAUCAGUCAGGACACCUUGUUCAAUCUUCACAACAUAAUAUGUUGGGACACACACAGCAAGCUCAGCAGUUAAUUGUAUCAAGGGGUAAUCAAAUCAAAUCUCCUCCACACAGUACGCCUCAAAAUAACUACAUCAGUAGUGGAAUACCAAGUUUUUCACAAGGACAAUUAGUUCCUAACAAGCAGUUUAGUAAUAGUACACCCAGUAACACUGGUCAACCACAAAAUAUCAGUGGUCAUCAUAUUGUCAACUUAAGCAACUCUGCUAACGCAAGCAAUAUGAUUAUGUCUGGCAUGUCCUCUGGAAGUACUAACCAUAGCAGUAGCAGCAAAAGCACUACUUCUGGAAUUUCUGUCAGUUCUAUGGAUAUGGCUAGUAAUAGCUCUCGUAAUAGUGGACAAAAUUUGUCAAUGGGAAGCCUUUCCCAAUCUCAGGUUGGAAGUACAAAUUCUCGUAGUACAUCUACCACAAGGUUUCUAAAUCCCAAUGCUCCGAACUACACAGCAAGUAAUAAAUAUGGAGUGACUGUUAGUGGAUCAGGAAGUAGUACUUCAACACAAACGUUUGUACCUUCACAACAGCCACCUCCAGCACAACUAUCUAAUCCAGGUAAUAAUCAAGUGAGGUCCCAAAUGAUGAUUGGAAAUUUAGGACGACCCAAUGCUGCACAGGUGUCUGCUAACAACCGAGCAUCUUUCCCAAAUCCUAUUCAGCGACCUGGGGGACCUCCUGUCUCAGUUCCUGUACAGCAGUUUGGGAAUGCCAAUAAUAGUAACAAUGGACCACCAAAUAAAGGAGGCAAUCCUAUUCCUCCUGGUAAUAAUGCAAGUGGUCAGAAUCCUAUGAAUCUAAAUGCUAUGAACAUGGGAAGUAAUGUUCUUUUUAAUAGCAUAGUAAAUGCAGCAAAAACAUUGAUUAGCAUGCAAGGUGUCAGUAGUGCAGGAGGACCAAAUCCAUUUGGAAUGAAAGGCCCCACACAAGGUCCUGUAGCUGCCCCUUACAUGAAUUCAUCUAACAGGGAUGGGACUCAAAGAUCUACUGGAAAAGGACCUAGUACUCCACAAGGAUUGAAUCAAAAGAUUGGAAAUACAGGAAAUAACCCUACAGUUUCAUCCAAUAAUCCCACAAAAGCACCAGGCUCAUACCCUGAUAGCCUAAAAGCUCAACAGGCUAAGCAGCGACAAGAAGUUCUCACACAUGCUGCUAAUUUUCUAAAUAAUAAAUCAUCAGGCAACAAGGAUCCCACAAAGGUAAGCUCAGCAGCUGUACCCAGCACUACUAAACCAGAAGAAAAAAAGCCUGCUCUAGCUAUGGUAUCAAAUCCUAGUCUUGUGGGCACGAGUGUGAAAAUAAAUAUAAGUGCAAGCAGUAAUACCAGAGCUCCAGCCAUCCCAGUUACUGCUUCAGCCUCCGUGGCUUCUGCAAGUUCAUCUUCUAGUAAGAAAACCACAACAAAUAGUAAUCCUAACACAUCGAGUUCACCUCCAAAUGGAAAAUCUGCCAGUGGUGAAGAUGAAAACAAGUGAAUGAAAGCAGCAAAUAAAUGAAGCCAUUUUUAACAUCAUGGUUAACAUUGAAAAGUUUGCAUAAUUUAAUAGUAUAUUUCUUGGACAAAUUUAAAGCAUAGUUGUUUUUUAAAAGCCAUUCUAAUCUAAACAGGUAACUUAAACUUUGAAAAAUUGAUGAAAAAUUCAAGAAUACUGUUAGUUAAAUUUGUUGUGAACAGAAGCAAAUGAAAUAAACGAUAAUUUUGUUCCAUAAUUUGGACUGUCCAUUUAAAAUGAGUAAAAGCCGCAUUCAUGAGGAAUGUGAUGCAUGUAGCUUGCACUCACAUUAUUUUUUAUAAUUGCUAGUAGUUGUGGCAUCAUUCAUUGGGACUGGCAAACACAUAGCAUUGUUCAAAGCAAUUCUGUAAUUUUGCAUCUUUCAGAACAAACAAAUUUGUACUCAGCAUAUUGUGAUUGAAUGUGUUGUUUUAAGGUCUUAUAAAUAUCUCUACUGGACUUCUUGGUUCAUUUAAUUUUUUAAGAAAUUUGAAUUUUUUAAAAAGAAGUAUAGGAAUUCCAAAUUUUCUCUUAGCUUUAGAUGCCCUGUUUUGUUUUAAAAGAACACAGGCAGGAAGUUUACAUCUGAUAUGGGCCUAUAAUCUUGUGGUGCAUUUUUUUGUAAACUUAUGAAAUUUAAUUGCAACUGUUCAGAUUAACUUUUUCUUGUGUGCGAUAUUGAACAGAAGGAAUUUGUUUUGUGUAUUUUGUCAUUUGAUGUACAUAUUUUGUUUGUUCUGUAGAGAAAGAAAAUGGACAGUCUUAACUUCCUUAGUGGUUGCAACAAUCACAUUGAGAUAAACCCUAACAUGUUAUUCAUUUUUAUGAUUACAAGGUUAAUGCUCCUUAAUUUUGGUGCAAAGCCUAAAAUACCCAUACUGAGACUUAACAAACCAACAUGAUGCUAUAUAUCUAGUCCUUCACUAGUAUCAGGUUGAUACUGAAUGGUAGAUCAUAUAUGCUUAGACUUGAUACCAUAGAAAUGGUUUUCAACCCAUUCUUAGAGACAAGCCAUCAAAUGACCCAUUUGAUUGAUAUACAGCUAGAACAUCUGAUUUCUGCCAGAUGUGUGCUAAAAUACAAAUACAUAUAUUGAAGUACAUUUGAAAUUCCUCUUGUAAUAUGUUGGGUAAUACUGACCCAUUAAAAAUGUAGGGUAAGACAUUCCCCCAUGUCAAUCCCUGCAACACUUGAGUAAGGACUACACCCUUGUGCCCCCAAGGUUUGUAGUUAAAAGGCUUUGGUGAUUGCACCAACUUGUGUAUCCCCCACAUAAGAUGCAUCACUUGGCUUCACCUGCCUUUUUUUUUUUAACUUUUUUUUUAUAAAAAACCUUAUUUAUUUACUUUUUUGUACUAGUGUAUGUGUGUACGUCUGUGUGUAAUGUUCUUUUCUGUGUGUAGAAUUGUUGUACUUGACAAACAUCACUCAAGGACAACCUUUAGUAACAAAAACACUUUUUAUUUUCUUAAUAACAGAAUUGUAAUAUUUAAGUGCUUGGGUUGAGAGAAAUUGUGUAGCCUGGAAGAAACUUCAUUUCUGUUGUCCUGUCUGUUGUAAUAACUGUCAAUUGUUACAUUUAUUCUCACAUGGAAAGUUAUGUACAGUUGUUUGCCUGCAAUCUGUGGUGAACAGAAGCGAUGUGCUCCAAUUUGAAGUGUGUAUGAAUGAUAAGUUGUUACAAUAAAGUCAGUCUGCUAUUUCUCUCAUCCCUUGUCCUUUUUGGUGAUUUUGGUUGCUAGCUCUCAGUGCUAAUUUGAACUACCUUUUUCUAUUGAGUAAAAAAAGGGAAUUCUUCAUUGUACCUGAGACUUAUUUGUGUAUUGUGUUUGCUGCUCUAAUGAUCAUUCAAGCAGCAAUGCAUUAAAAUUUAUUCAACAUUU